CUGGGUUUCGGCAUAGAGUUCACCAAGCUGGGGUGGGAGGCGGCGGGCGGCGGGUUGAGGGUGGUAUCUCGGCGGGACGUCCGGGCUGGCCCCGCACCAGUGAGGCGACUCGAUCGCCGAAGCAGAGCUGGGACUUUUCCCCGCCGCCACCGCCCUCUCUACUCUCGGCGCUCUCCUUGGAUACCUCUUAGAUUUCCCCAGUGUCGGGUGCCCGGGGGGCCCGCCCAGCCUUCCCGCUCCUCCUCUUCUUCAGGCUGCGCCGCGAGCUGCUGCCCGGACCUUGCCAGGCGUGGCGGGCUGGGCGAACAUUCCAGGUGUAGGACCGUAACCCUUAGCCCCAAUGCUUUCGCGAGCAGAGUUGAGUGGGUGCCCGUGGUUGGAGCUGUGGAGGUGUCCCCCGGUGGUGAGUGCGGCCAGAACACCGGUCACCGUUAAGUUUUAUGUGAGCACGUUGCAAGGACCGUGUGUGAGACUGGUAUAAUUUAGCUUCCUGAGAUUCUGUCUGAACAAGAAGGCAGUGGAAAAUACUCUUGGAAAGAAAACUAAAAGGGAAGACAGAACUUAUUUUUACAUGGUUUUCAGCUCACUUACCAAUAUGGACGCUUUUCCCAACAUUUUUCCUCCUGGUGGAGACAGUGAGCUGACAAAUUCUCAAUCUGAGUUCCAAAAAAUGUUAAUUGAUGAAAGGUUACGAUGUGAACAUCAUAAAACUAAUUAUCAGACUCUGAAAGCUGAGCACACAAGGUUGCAGAAUGAGUAUAUAAAGUCACAAAAUGAACUCAAGCGAUUGUUAAAUGAAAAGCAAACUUACCAAGAAAAAUUUCAGCUGCUGUUUGAAGAGCUAAGAGGGGAAUUAGUAGAGAAAACUAAGGACUUAGAGGAAAUGAAACUACAGGUAGUAACUCCACAAAAAUUGGAAUUGUUAAGAGCCCAAAUACAACAAGAAUUAGAAACUCCAAUGAGAGACCGUUUUCGGAAUUUGGAUGAGGAAGUUGAAAAGUAUAGAGCUGAAUAUAAUAAGCUUCGCUAUGAACAUACAUUUCUCAAAUCAGAAUUUGAGCACCAGAAAGAAGAAUUUACACGUAUUUUAGAAGAAGAAAAAAUAAAAUAUGAAUCAGAGAUUGCAAGAUUGGAGAAAGAUAAAGAAGAACUACAUAACCAGCUACUUAGUGUUGAUCCCACAAGAGACAACAAACGAAUGGAGCAACUUGUUCGAGAAAACUUGUAUUUGUGUCAGAAAUUAAAAAGUUUAGAGACUGAAAUAGCAGAAUUAAGGGCUGAAAAAGAGAAUUCUGGUGCUCAGGUAGAAAAUGUCCAAAGAUUACAGAUACGGCAGUUGGCUGAGAUGCAGGCUACAGUUAGAUCCCUGGAGGCUGAAAAACAAUCAGCUAAACUACAGUCUGAACGCUUGGAAAAAGAGCUACAAUCAAGCAAUGAACAAAAUACUUUUUUAAUCAAUAAAUUGUAUAAAGCUGAACGAGAAAUAAAUACAUUAACCAGUAAAGUAAAAGAACUUAAGCAUUCAAACAAGCUAGAAGUAACAGACAUCAAACUGGAAACAGCAAGAGCCAAGAGUGAGCUAGAAAGAGAAAAGAAUAAGAUUCAAAGUGAACUGGAUGGAUUGCAGUCAGACAAUGAAAUUCUCAAAUCAGCUGUUGAACACCACAGAACACUCUUAGUAGAAAAGGAUCGUGAAUUAAUACGUAAAGUACAAGCUGCUAAGGAAGAAGGUUAUCAAAAACUUGUGGCAUUACAAGAUGAAAAGCUAGAACUUGAGAACAGAUUAGCAGAUUUAGAGAAAAUGAAAGUGGAAUGUGAUGUCUGGAGGCAAUCUGAAAAGGAUCAAUGUGAAGAGAAAUUGCGGGCUUCACAGAUGGCAGAAGAGUCGGCCAGAAGGGAACUUCAGAGUCUUAGAUUAAAACUUCAACAACAAUUUGUGAAUAUUGAAAAUGCAGAGAAAGAAAAAAAUGAAAAUUCUGACCUGAAACAGCAAAUUGGUAGUUUACAGAUCCAAGUGACUUCACUUGCACAGUCAGAGAAUGAUUUGCUGAAUUCAAACCAAAUGCUGAAGGAAAUGGUGGAGAGAUUAAAACAGGAAUGCCGGAAUUUCGGAAGCCAAGCUGAAAAAACGCAACAAGAAGUUGAAAAGACGUUGGAAGAGAAACAGAUACAGUGGUUGGAAGAAAAGCAUAAGCUUCAAGAACGUAUCACAGACAGAGAAGACAAGUAUAAUCAAGCUAAAGAGAAACUGCAGAGAGCUGCCAUUGCCCAGAAAAAGAGAAAAUCGCUUCAUGAAAACAAAUUGAAGAGACUGCAGGAGAAAGUAGAAGUUCUGGAGGCAAAGAGAGAAGAAUUGGAAACAGAAAAUCAGGUGUUAAAUAGGCAAAAUGUUCCAUUUGAAGAGUAUACUAGACUUCAGAAAAGAUUAAAGGAUAUACAGAGAAGACAUAAUGAAUUUAGAAGUUUAAUUUUAGUUCCUAACGUGCCGCCAACAGCAUCCAUCAAUCCUGUUAGCUUUCAGUCAUCAACCUUUGUUCCAGGAAUGGAACUAUCCUUUCCUCCUCAUCUUCAGGAGGAACAACAUCAAAGGGAACUCUCUCUCCUUCGUAAAAGACUAGAAGAACUAGAAACAACACAAAGAAAACAACUAGAAGAACUUGGAUCUCCUGGGGAAUGAUGUUCUUGGAGAAAAGGCAGAUCAAAAGGUGUAAAAUCAGUGACUCAAUAAAGCUUGAAGUUUUAACAUU